AUUUUGUCGGAAGCAAGGAAUAGAGGAACUCUUGCUCGAUCGUUCUCUAUCACUUUCACGCUUGUUUUUAGCUAGCUAGCAUAUGGAUCAGUUGCCUAUCGACUGUAAAUUACGUCCUGACUAGCUUGUUAGCUGGCACAGCUUGUUGAUUUGUAGUCGAUCAACAGCACUGUCAACUCAAACAUAAUUGAUGUCUUCCAUAUGACAUCAACUCCAUGUUCUAGCUUCUCAAAUGUUGGUAUUUUUCAGACACGACUAGUUAGCUAGCUAUUGUUUAAUUGUAACUACUAUAUAUAUAUAUAUAAUGUUUUGGGGGGAUCUUUGCGUGUGAUGUGCACUCGAGCGCAGUAUAGCACACGAUUAUUUCAUAACCAUACGUGGACAUUGUGAAGGAAUGCUUGGCAUGUCACUACAAUGGCUAUCUUCCAUGUGAUGCCUAACUAUAACGUUACGUUUCAAAUGUCCAUUUGCGUCUCCUCCAAUAUCUAGGUUGUCUGCAGAGCAUACUGUAUCUUUAGAAACGGGUAUUUGAUAAUCCGCUCCAACUACGUUCCAGAUUUGUGAUUACAUCCUCGCCACCACGCCCACCCUACCACAUAUUUGAGGAACCCCCCUGCCCGCGUCUCGCAAGGCGCUUGUGAAGAACCUGCGGACCGAGCCGUGCAUUGCUAUGGCUCUGCUGACCCUGCACCGGCCCCCGUCCAUCUCCACGGCUCCGGAUGAAAGCAUUCCAAGAAGAGGGAGACUUCAGAAAAGGGAGAGCUUUGCUCUGGUCAAGGGGGCCGUCCUUCUCUUGGAAGGAGAGAGGGAGGAGCCUCAUGAAGAGACAUCACCCAAUCACUCUCCUUCACCCCUGAAGCUGGGGGGCGGAGCUUCAGACACACAGCACAGACAUCUGCAUGCCAUGGUGUCAUUACUAAGACCAGAGGACACUAUCAAACUGGCAGUGAGGUUGGAGUCAGUGAGUCCAGUCAGAGUGAGGUAUCUGAUCGUGGUCUCCACCCUCGGUAACAAACAGGAGAGCAUUCUCCUGGGCAUGGACUUCCCCGACACAGACAGUGAUCAGUGUACUAUCGGUAUGGUUGUGCCCAUAUGGAGUGCCACACAAGUGUACCUGGACGGAGAUGGUGGGUUCAGUGUCACGUCAGCAGAAGAGACAAGAAUCUUCAAGCCUGUUUCCAUACAGACCAUGUGGUCAGUGUUGCAGGCGCUGCAUGGCUGUUGUGAGCGGGCGGUGAAGGGUGCAGUGAUUCCAGGCUGUGGGCUGGACUGGGCCCAACACUACUAUGGGCAUGUGGAGUCUAAUCGCCUCUGUCUAAACGAGUGGGGAGCCAUGACAGGCCUGGAGUCAAUUAGGAGGGACAGCGCCGGACAGAGCUCGACGGAGAGGGUGUCUGUGGAGAGGCAGAUCAAAGAGGAACUCCGAGACAUCAUGAGAACAGAGGACCUGGAGAACAUCACCUCCAAACAGGUCCGCAGUGCCCUGGAGACCAGGAUAGGCAUGGAUAUGAAGAACUACAAGGAAUACAUCGACAAUGAAAUGAUGGUCACCAUGGCGCAGAUGGACAAGCCCUCCAAAAUAUUUGACUAUUUGUACCUGGGGUCUGAGUGGAAUGCUGCCAACUUUGAGGAGCUACAGAAAAACAAUGUGGGCUACAUCCUGAACAUUACGCGGGAGAUCGAUAACUUCUUCCCAGAGUCCUUCAGCUACAUGAACAUCAGGGUGUACGACGUGGAGGCUACAGACCUGCUGUCACACUGGAAAGACACAUACACCUUCAUCAACACAGCCAGGCAGAGUGGCAAGGCGGUGCUGGUGCACUGUAAGAUGGGCGUGUCUCGCUCUGGGUCCACGGUGGUGGCAUACGCCAUGAAGCAGCAGCGCUGGCCCCUGGAGGUGGCUCUGUCCUACGUCAGGGACCGCAGGCCCAUUGUCCAGCCCAACGUCGGCUUCAUGAAGCAACUCCACACCUACAGCGGCAUCCUUAACGCCAGUCAGCAGCGCCACAGCGCUCUCUGGAGGCGGAUGUCGCGAGAGAAGAGAAAGAGGUCUGCUGCUUCACGCAGCAAUGAUGAGGAGGACGAAGAGGAGGAGGAGGAGGAGGAGAGUGACGAAGAGGAGGAGGAGGAUGAAGAAGAGAUGGAGAGUCCGGAUGAAGUUGAUGAGGCAGAUAAAGAGGUAUUUGAAGAGCCUGCCCCCAAGGUUGAGACUGACGCAGACGCCCCACGCACGGAAUCGGCCGCCCCACGCACGGAACCGGCCGCCCCCCCCACGGACCCGGCCGCCCCACCCACGGACCCGGCCGCCCCACCCACGGACCCGGCCGCCCCACCCACGGACCCGGCCGCCCCACCCACGGAACCGGCCGCCCCACCCACGGAACCGUCUGCAGCCAAUCCCCUCAUCACUGUACACGACAGUGACAAGGCGUCCUCUCAGAGCCCCAGUCGCAGUGGCAGGAUGAACCUCUUCUCUCUCAUGCAGUCCAUCAACGAACUGGACAAUGAGGACCUAAGGAAUGAACAGAUUGCCAACAGUCACCGGCGGUCUCCAGGGCAGCGGAGGCAGAGUCAUGGACGGAAGGGCCUCAUGCAUCAGAGGGCCCAUGUGGAUGUUUCACCUGAGCCAAGCAGCCUAUCAGAUCCCAGAAAAUGUGAAGGGGCGGGGCCAAGUAAACCUGGGUCCAGGGAAGGAGAUACCAAGAUGAUGGAAGGGCGGUAGAGGGGGAGAGAGAAGGGGAGAAUGGAUGGAGAAAGAGAAGCCUAGAGUAGACACUAAUAGGAAGAGAUUAAAUGUUCUGCCUUCUUUCAAGCUAUAAACAUGAAUCACCCAAAGGUAUUUAUAUACAUCAUACUACUUAAGCCUUGUUCACACUGCAGGCCUUAAAGCUAAAAUCAGUGUUUUUCAAUUCUGUUUUGGAAUACUGACUGUCCAAACAGCAAGUUACAAGUGACCAAAUCAGAUUUGUGUUUGUUCAGACAGCAGGCAUUUGCUUACAUGGCUACACUAGUUGUCAUAGUAAUGAUGGGUGUGUGCGCGCGGUGGUGUAGGCUGAUUGGUGGUGUAGCAAUGAGUCCUUUUUGACUAGCCAAAGCAGUCAACUAGCACAUUCACUAAUUUGUUUGUAAACAAUUAACAAGCUCGUUAGCUACCAUGUUCUUGUCAAACUGUCAACAGAGUGGCUAGCAAGCAACAAGAUAUGCCAAAUGAGUCUAAAAACCAUUAGCGGGCAAAUAAAUCCGAUUUGACUGUUCAGACAAGUUGCAUGGCCAGGAAUCUGAUUAGUACCUGAUUUCAACCCACCUACGAAGGUGUUUUGAAAUAUGUUUCUGUUCAUACUGCAGGAAAAAUAACAGAUUUGAAUCUUAUAUGCAUUUUUUUUUUGUUACUUCAAACUGCCAAUGUGAACAAGGCUUUAGACUCCCAACUAUCAUAGCGUUAUACACGGAGUAUACAAAACAUUCAUUGGGGAAUGGACUCUACAAGCUGUCAAGCGUUCCCACAGGGAUGCUGGCAAAUGUUGACUUCAAUCCUCGCCACAGCUGUGUCAAGUUGGCUGGAUGUCCUCAAACACAGGAAACUGUUGAGUGUGAAAAAUCCAGCAGCGUUGCAGUUCUUGACACUCAAACCGGGGUACCUGGCACCUUACACCGUUCAAAUGCACUUAAAUAUUUUGUUUAGCUGAUUUCACCCACUGAAUGGCACACAAACACAAUCCUCGUCUCAA